AUGUCGAAAGUAUACACCACAGAUCAUUCCGCCUCGGUCAUUCAAACGCACGGAUGGCGCACGCUUUCCAACUCCGCAGCCUACGUGCUUCCCUACAUCCAGCCAGACUUGCAAAUCCUCGACGUCGGCUGUGGCCCAGGAAGCAUAACAAUUGAUUUCGCCAAACACGUACCCCGCGGGCACGUAACCGGUAUUGAAUAUGUCCCUGAACCACUUGAGGGAGCUCGAAAACUCGCUGCUUCGGAAAACAUCACCAAUGUCAGCUUCCAGGUUGGCGAUAUCCAUGCUAUCCCAUUCCCGGAUGACACCUUCGAUAUUGUCCACGCACAUCAAGUGCUACAACACAUAGCCCACCCUGUCCUUGCUCUCCGGGAGAUGCGUCGCGUGGUCAAGAAAGGUGGAAUCGUAGCGGUGCGCGAGUCUGCGUCGCAAACCUGGUAUCCGGAAUCUGAGGGUAUUGCUGCAUGGCAAGAAAUCGGGGAGAGAAUGGGGCGCGCGAAAGGAGGAAACCCUUAUCCAGGAAGGUAUAUACAUGUUUGGGCGCAUGAAGCGGGAUUCCCACGAGAAAGUAUCAAAAAAACCGCCGGCUCUUGGUGCUUUAGCAGUCAGGGAGAACGUGAAUAUUGGGGUGGUUCCAUGGGAGAACGGGCGAGAUCAUCUGGAUUUACGACGACAGCUUUAAACGAAGGAUACGCAAGCCAGGAAGAUUUCGAUAAGAUCGCUAUGGGGUGGAAAGCAUUUGUAGAAGAUGAGGAUGCAUGGUUCGGAUUAUUGCAUGGGGAAAUCGUCUGUCGCAAACAAUAA